GGCGAUGGCAACGGUUGUGUCGGGCGACGGGAAGCAAACAACCGGUGGCCUGACCACCAGCACCAUCCUUACCGGUAAUGGACGGCCGAGGAACAGUACGCGCGGUGUACUGCAAGCGUCCCUGGCCAAGCAGGAGGAAGACGACGAAGAGGCGGACACCGAUGAGAUGGAGCAGGACGACCCGCUCAAGGGACGGUUCGGGCUCGAACGGGGUCAGGACCCUGCGCAGAUCAGCCCGCACCCAAUCGGACUGCUGUCCGGUGCCGGCAUGAUGGGCGGUGGACCGGGCAGCCGAACGGUACCGGGCGGCCAUCAGCGAGCGGGCGGUCGCCAUCGGGGUACCUCCGCUCAGCAACAUCCACAAUCACUUCCCCAUAUACGGGAGGAACGGAAGCGGAACGGCAGCUCGGACGCAAGCGUGCGGAAGGAUGGGGGUGGUGGUGGCGGCGUGGUGGACGAUGAAGCCGAUACCAGCGGCUCCAUGAUGGAGGAGGACGAGGAGGAGGAGGAGGAGGAGGAGGAGGAAGACAGCGAGAUGAGGCAGGGAAAGGAAGCGAUCGACGACCGGGAUCGGCUGGUGCCGGACGACGACGAAGACGACGACGAGAACGAACCAAACGAAGACGGCUACAGUGCGGAUGAGGACGAUUCGGCGCGGCGGGUCCUCGCCGUUCCACUCAUCCCGACGGUAGCCGGUUCCGGCAAGCACCAACAGGCUGGCGGAUCCAGUACGACCAGCAAACAGCAACUCCCACCGCCCCAUCCCAAGUAUCACCGGAACCGGCGGCACACGCUAGCGAACGUACGCUUCAUGGACAAUGCGGAAGGGUCGGGCAGUGGACCACCGAGCGGUGUGAUGAGCGUCGUCGGUGGGUAUACCAGUCGUCGCUCGCCACUGUUGCUACCGUCGGGCGACGGUGGACCCGGUGGUCCGGGCACACUACUCUCAGCCGCCCUGCCGCAGCGUCGCGAAUCGUUCCUCUAUCGUUCCGAUUCCGACUUUGAGAUAUCGCCGAAGGUGUCGUCCGUAUCGCUGCUGGCAGCACGAUGCAACGCCAACAGCGGUUCCGGUGCGUCCAGCACGAACGUGACCAGCGGCACCGGAAGCGGUGGAACGUUGACGUCAACCGCCGGACGGGAUGGCGCGUUCCAUUGGAAGGAAACCACACUGGAGGAACCGGCCGUACUGUCGUCGAUUGCCUCGUCACCGUCCAGCAGUGCGACGACCGUGAUUGGUGCCGCCUCCACCGUGGUAACAUCGUCCACAUCCGAGCGAACUACUGUCAUGAGCGGAUCUGGCGGUGGUGGCUCGGGUGGACAUCAUGAUGAUUUGAUCGUGACACCGUUUGCGCAGAUUUUAGCUAGUUUGCGCACCGUGCGUGCGAACCUGUACGCACUUUCGACAGCCAUACCGGCAUCGGUGGCGGAAAGUGAGCUGACGACGCGAAGAUCUUCCGCCGGUGCGGAGAGUGCUGAAACCGAUCCGGGCAGUGGACAAGGCGAUGAUAGCCAGCCGGACAAGGAGGGUGACCUGCGACAACUUACCACAGAGACGAUCGACGAGCUUGAAUGGUGCCUGGAGCAGUUGGAAACGGUUCAAACGCAUCGGAGUGUAUCUGAUAUGGCAUCGCUGAAGUUCAAACGAUUGCUGAACAAGGAGUUGUCCCAUUUGAGUGAAUCCAGCAAGUCGGGUAAUCAGAUCAGCGAGUACAUCUGCACAACGUUCUUGGACAAACAGCAAGAACCGGACGUACCAUCCGUGCCGGUAGUAGGUAGUGCCUUGAUCGGACGACAAACGGGUGCCGCGGGCCGAAUGUCGGAGAUCAGUGGAUUCAAGCGACCGUUGCAGCACACGAACUCGUUCUCCGGUGCAGCCGGUGCUGGUGCCGGUGGCAACAGUUUGGCGGAAAGAUUACCACCGUACGGUGUGCCGACGGCAACUGCCGCCGACGAAGCCGAACUUGGUGGACUGCUCGGUCAGAUUGACCAGUGGGGCGUUGAUAUCUUCCGCAUCGGCACGCUCAGCGGUAGUCGCCCACUGACAGCGGUCGCUUACACCGUGUUCCAGGAUCGUAACAUCCCACGAACGCUUACCAUACCGCCGACGGUGCUGCUGGCAUUCGUCAGCACGGUCGAGGAUCACUAUGUGGCGGACAAUCCGUUCCACAACUCGCUACAUGCGGCGGACGUGACGCAAAGUACGCACGCGCUACUCCACAGUCCGGCACUGGACGGUGUAUUUACGCCGCUCGAGGUGUGUGCGGCACUGGUCGCCGCCUGCAUACAUGAUGUCGACCAUCCGGGUCUGACAAACCAAUUUCUUAUUAACUCUAGCUCGGAGUUGGCGCUUAUGUAUAACGACGAAUCAGUAUUGGAAAAUCAUCACUUGGCGGUGGCCUUCAAACUUAUGCAGAAUGAUGAUUGUAACAUCCUGCGCAAUUUACCGAAAAAACAGCGCGCUACCUUCCGGAAGAUGGUGAUAGACAUGGUACUGUCAACCGACAUGUCCAAACACAUGACGCUGUUGGCGGAUCUGAAGACGAUGGUCGAAACGAAGAAGGUGGCAAUAUCGGGCAACCAGAACCCGUCGGAAUCGCGCAGCAGCGGUAGCGGUGUGUUGCUCCGCCUGCUGGACAGCUACACCGACCGCAUCCAGGUACUGCAGAAUUUGGUACACUGCGCGGAUCUGAGCAAUCCCACCAAACCACUGCCGCUCUACCGGCGCUGGGUACGCCGCCUGAUGGAGGAGUUUUUCCGUCAGGGUGACCGGGAACGGGCGGCCGGUAUGGAUGUUUCGCCAAUGUGUGACCGUCGUUCCGCCACGGUGGAAAGCUCGCAGGUCGGCUUCAUCGACUACAUCGUGCAUCCGCUGUGGGAGGCGUGGGCGGAACUGGUACGGCCGGACGCCCAGGACAUACUGGACCGGCUGGAGGAAAACCGGGCAUACUACCAGGCACUGAUACCGCCACCAUCGCCACCCUCGCAGGAAAAGGACGAGGAGGAAGACGAUCAGCCGCAACACCAACAGUCCGGUGGCUCCCAGCUGGGUUCUUCCGGUGCGCCGGAAACGACGGAGAAGGAGGGUGGCAAGCGAAACGAACAGCAGGAACCCAUGCCCAUCGAUCCACAAGCGCUGGCCGCAAGGUUACGAUUUCAGAUGACCCUGGCUGAAAACGACGAGGAAGAGGACGAUCUCGAUCAAGAUAGUGCUGCUAAUCUGGAACAGGAUCCGCAGUGAAAGGAGUGAGACAUACAAACAAAAAAAACCCACAUACAUGCAAAAGGGAAAAGGAACUUUAGCAAAACAGCGUCAACAUAUAAUGAAGCUGACCAUUGAUACUGAGCCACAGGCUGUUUCUAUCCUAUUAUCUUGGCUACAUGUUGAUCAACUAACAUCCCCGGGCCCACAUCAACCCUUUAUUCGUCCUGUUAUUGUUGAACAACGUUGAAAUGCAGCAGUCCGUGUUAUUGUUGCAAGUUUUUUUUGGAACGUUCUUGGCCUUUUUGAAUUGUUGGGGCUGUGUGUGUGUGUGUGUGUGGUCGUGAAAAACACGGAAGCCAUAUAAGAAGGGAAAAUGGAUACUAGGGGAGAGGGGAGAGGGAGAGAGGGGGGAGAUGCACACAUACAGAAACGUGGAGCAUAUACCUGGAGCACAAGGAUCUUCUGCUGGAAAGAAGACAAGUAUACCACUACUCUCCCCUUCAAAUAGGACUGAGCGAAUAUGGCUGAAAAACAGGGAAAUUUGGGGAUGUGCGUAGGAGGCGUUGGAUAGAUGUUUAGCAACAGGCAGAAUGCAGACGAUAUUAUCACAAAAAACGCUUCUUCUGUAUUGUGUUAGGAGAUGCGAUGUGAACUUUUAGGCAGAGUAUGCUUCGGGCGCGUAAUUGGUAGUUGAGUGUAUUGAGGUAGCAUGGCAUGGUAGGGGAUGGAAUAAAUGCAUUAAUCUCAUACAUAAACAGGCCCCUUCUUCUGCGGGAAGGAAGCGUGGGGGUUGAGGUAUGUAGUUAUGUGAACAGUACACCUGAUUUGUGGGUUCAGGCGAAACAAAUCAGUAGCAAAAUUGCAGAGAUAUAUAUACACACACAUAUACAUAUACAUAUACAUAUAGGGAGAAUGUUUGUGUUUGAUAGAAGUAUUUAGGCGUCGGGAAAAAAAACGGUUUUGCUUCUGGCCGUAAGGAACCGUAGCAGAAACUCAAUCGCAGUCGCAACCCUAGUGAGCCUGACUGGCCUCUGCUAUAAAAUUGAUGUUUACCCUAAUGGCUAAUACCACCAAUAUUUACCACUGGCGCAUUCGUGGCUGCAUUAUGUGUAUGUGUAUACAGUAGCGUAACGAUUGCGGUUACAUAUGUGUGCGUUACAUAUGCCUAACGCAAACAACAAAAUGCCGUUGCGCGCGAUACACGUCGGAUGAAAAUCGCUUGUUCACAUAAGCAAACGCAUUAUGCUGCCACCUUAUACUACACCACACAUACACACAAACACAAUGACAACAACAAAUAGUUUUCUAUCAGUGUGUGGGGGCUCCCGUUACGUUACGCCGUAUCUCAAGUGCGCGAAUCAAAUCGAAACUAGAAUAAUGAAAGGAUCGUGGCAUAUAUAUAUAUAUACAUAUAGUUUAGGAAAAAAACAUGAAAAGUAUCAAUGUUACCAUUAUUAUCGUUUUAGCUGUGGCGAUUACUAGUAGUGAUGGGAGAGUUGCGCGCCCAUAGGCUACACAGAGAAACAAAUUUGGCAACAAAAUGGACGAUGGGUUGUCGCCCCAAGCAGAAGAAACGCAACACGUUGUUGUACAGUGUGUGUUUGGGGUUGUUUUUUUUUUAUUUCAAUAGAAGUGUGUGUGUUUUACUUCUGUUCUUUUCGGUUUUUUAAUAAGUUUAGUGUGAUUUAUUAUGAUUGCACUCACACAAACACACACACACACACAUACAAACACCACCGAAAAAGAUGUAACGCUUUUAUGUUGUCUGUACUUACAAAACACCACACAAACACACACACACACACUGCAAGUGUGUGCAUGCAAAACAAAAAUGGUGCAAAAAGGAUUAAAAAAAGAAAAUGGCCACAUGCAAAAUAGCGGUAUAGAACAGAAAGCAUAUCUAAAUAUUUAAGUUCAUUUUCAUUUUUUGGAGUGGCGCAUGGCUUGGCCCCAAAAAAAACCGUGUGUAUACAAAUAAACAAUGGAUGGGGGUUUCUUAUGCAGUUACCGUAAUCUUGAUAUCAUCAAGCAAUUGGAAGAACGGACCCGGCGAGUUAAUACAAUUUCAAGCUCAGCUAAAAAAUAGAAAAGAAAUAAAACAAAAUCCGCGGCCACACAUACACCAUUGCACCACAUACACCAUUGUACACACACAUACACGCGCAUAGAAAAGGCGAAAAUGGUGCGUUGUUUUUUCAAUGUACUGAGUGCUUGUUGGGAAAAAAGCGCUAGUAAAAACAGUGUGUAGUGUUUGUUAAGCAAAUAAAAGAUGGAAUUAAUAGAAGAACACAACAACAACAACAGCAACAAAAAAACCCAAAAAUGGAAGAGAGAAAAGACACAAAAAAACAUUAUAUAGAAAGAAGGAAAAAUAAAACAAUAUCAGUGUAUCUUAGAGAAAAGAAAAAUAAAACGAUACAAACAAAAGAAGAAACACAAAAACAUCGGCAAACACAAGAAAGGAGUCUCAGUGGAAGCAAAUUAAGCAGGUGGAAGAUAUAGAAUGGAAAAGCAAAUCAUAAACAAAAACCCAAAAUGAAUCAAUAUAAGAAUAAUUAUGGAUAUAAAUAUUUAUAAAAUCUCCCAUUGUCAGGCAGGUCCUAGAACCGGGAGUUAGAGAAAGCUCAUAAUCAUACGUACACAUGAACACACACGCGCACACAUACACAAAACACAUGAAUGCAGAUGAAAGACUAUUCAUUACUCUCAACACUGUUUGGCUGGCUAUUCUAACCUGUCGUUCCACAUCGGUCUACGUCUCACGCAAAAUCCUGAUCCUACGGGCACCAGAUACCCUCCAAAACUCCCUUUAUGAGUCAUUUCACCUUCCAUUACCAGCACCAAAACUCCGGCAGAACGACUAAAUCGAACAUCCCGAAAACAAAAACCAUGUACAAAAACACCUUCCCAACCACACACACACACACACAUAUACACACAGAAACACGUUUGCUGUUACCACUUAAUGAAGAUGCUAGCAUUAAAAUGAAGAAGAGACAAAAAAGGGAAAGUAAACAAACUGAAAAAUGUAAUAGGCAGUGUGAAAAGCGAAAACAUAACAAUCGCGCGCCUGAAACACAUAGAAAAUGCGAAGCAAAAUAUUGGGAAAGAAAAACCCACUUCCAAAAAUCGUAUCGAACGUAUUUUUGUGCUUAUUAGCUGGUUAUUAAACUAUUAAGAAAAGAAAAUAAUCCUCCUAUCCUUCCAAAUAAUACCCCCCCCCCCCCAUCCCCCCCCCCCCCCCCCCCUAAGUCGUUCAUUCUCCAUCUGCAAUCCCGAAAUUUUCCCUGUUAUCCAUUUUCUCACUCUUCGAACUCUUCGUUUAGGUAAAUUGAACAAAGUUUAUGAAAUUAAGGCGAAAACAACACACUUAACCGACAAAAUCGUGACUCAAAAAAGCAAAACAAAUGCAAGAAAAAGGCAGAGAAGGAAGAAUAAGAAGAAGAAAACACAUUGUACACAAAUGCAAGAGCAUAGAGCAAGAGAAGAACAAAAAUAAUAUCGCUCAGAAGGUAAUACACUAUAUGAAAGACGAAAAUAGCUGACUAAUAUGAGAGAACUUAACAACACAAACAAAAUGGUGGCUAAUAACGCAAAAGUACGAGUGAAAACGAAAAAACGGGGGAAAAGGAAAACAAAUAUCAAUACGUGAGUACAUCAAAUCGAGUGAAGAGAGAUGAAGAUAAAAAAAGACGCAAUAUACUGGUUGUCUCAUCCAUAAAAAAAUACAUUAUUGAGCUAAAUAAAGGUGAGGUGAAGAAAACAAAAACCAAACAAAA